UUGCCUCAUUCAUACGAACACGUUUAGUUUGAUUCUCCUCCUCACCAGCUGAUUAUUUAAAUUGUUUCUUUUCUUCGAUUGUCUUAAAUUAAUUGUUUUCUAUUCUCUUCCAUCAAAAUUGUUCCUCUUACAAUCAAAGUAAAUUCACUCUAAAGAUUGGUUGUUCUUAAUUCGGAUUUAAAUGUUUCCCCAAAGGCCUAAGUCUUUGAAAGAAGAGGAUGAAGAUGAUCUUAUUCGAGCUCAGCAAGAGUUCAUGGCUCUUAAAGAAGCGGGUAAAAUUCAGCCGAGUGUCUCUCAGGUUGUGAAAAACUAUUCAAAUGAGAAGGUGAAAAGUGAAAGUGAUUCAGAGAAACCGAUUGACGGAUCUCUAACCUUUGAUGUUAAUUGUUUGUCAACUAUUGGUGAAUUACCUAUCAUUGAGAGAGAAACAAGUGAUUUCAGUGGAUUCUCAUUUCCCAAGAAGGUGAAAAUAUCAUUUCCAAAGCCGACAAGAAGAGUUGAAGGGUCGACUAGUAGAUCGAUUCCUAUUCCAUCAAACAAAGAUCAAAGUGGAAGUGAAAAUUAUCGUAAACAAAAUGAACAAUUGAUCGCCAACAUGAAUGAAGAACAGAUAAUUGCCAUGAGAGAAGAAAUUUUGUCUAAAUUGAAACCUGAACAAAUUGAAUUUCUGAGAAAUCGACACAAAAAUCAGAACCAAACAAACUGUAAACAAAAUAACACCAAAGAUGAUAUUGGAAACGAUCAGAUUGAAACAGAGGAAAAUGAACCGAUAACGAUGAAAGUUGCCGACGCUGAACUACCGAUCCCGAUGACGGUGAUUAAAGAGCACAAUUGGUUAAACAUGAACGUAGUUGAAGAGGAUAAACUUGAAUGGUGUCGACCUGUGAAAGAGGGUGAGAUUAAAUCAACCACCGAAAGUGCGAGAUUUGAUUUCUUUGGUAAUAUAAUCAUGGAUCAUGAAAGUAAAUCAACCAAGGAAGGACUUCACCAUCACGGCGAUGAACCAGAAAAAGCGGGCUACUCUUUACCUGAAAUUUUCACCUUCAUCCAAAGUACUUUUGAUUCUCAAAGUAUUAUCGGCCUUAAGAUAUUAGCCCGAAUCAUGGAUAAAGCUCAUAAAGGAUUUUACGAUCAAUUCUUCAAUUCAAUAUUAGCUCAAGAAAUACUUGAUAAUUCAGAGAUCAUCUUAUCAAUUCGUAAAUGUUUGGACGAAAGUUCUGAAAGUAUAAUCAGAGAGGCGAUUCUUUGUCUUCACGCCUUAAUUUGUAACAAUCUUGUCGACGAAUCUUGUUUGGACAGAUUCUUCCCGGUCACUCUUCACCACAGCGCCUAUAUUUUCUUGACUCCGAAAUUUCCCGAUAAAAACAUUAAUUUUGAUGAAAUGAAAGACGAUCAAUUGGUUAAAUUAGAUGUUAUCAAAGGUUUGAUUCGAUUUGAUCUACUUUCCCGACUUCGAUUUCUUUUGGAUAACAAUAUCAAACACAAACAAGAUGCCACCAUAGUUACCAAAAUAAUGGAAAUAUUAAUACGAAUAUCGAGACAUUCACCCGAAGCCUGUAAAUCGAUCGUUAAUUGUCCUUAUCUGAUCGAAACAAUUGUGACCAAUUUUGUACCGAACAAAAUUGAUUUCGCCAAUCAGUCCAUCUAUGGUAAUCCAUUUGCAAAAGCAUUGAAGUUAAUUCGUCUUCUCAUCUCGGACACAUCGAAUUGUAUCAAAAUAAUGAAUUCGCAUAUUGACCUUUGGGAAGCACUUCAGCUUUACUUAACAUUGGAUCCCGAUUGUUUCCGUGAAGAGGUCACUAGUUUAAAACGAAUCAACAUCUUACAAAUCACAAUCGAGACUCUUAGGAUUUGGUGUAUUUUACUUUGCAAUCGCGAAAUCAAACCAGCCAAAGAUUGUUUCAAUCAAAUUUAUCCAGUAAUCUACAAACAAUUACAAUAUUGUUGCACAUUAACAUCAACUAAUCAUAAAUUUGAUUUCCAAUAUGCAGCUACACUAAUUAAAUGUUUAACUUGGGCCACUUUGGAUGGUGAAAAUUUCCAACGAGGUUAUGGUUCCCUAGUUGAAUCAAUAUUAUUUCAAUCAGUUCGUGAUAUAAUUGACAUUAAUAUGGUUCCACCUUUUGACUGUCUCAUGAUGAUGACAACUUGUACUGAAUUUUUGAUUAAGAUUAAUUGUAAUCCAACAACCCUGAUAAUCAACCUUUUGACACCUUUACUUGAAAGUGAUAAAAUUAUGAAAAUAAUUGGAUCAAGAUUGAAAAAGUGUUCCUUCAUAAUCCGACCUAAAUCACUUGAAAAUGGAGUCAAUAGAGAUGCUCAAUGUUUACCAUCAUUUGGAACAAUUUAUUUUGGUGGAACUGAAAUACGAUUUGUUGAUUUAGCUCAAGAUGAUUCUGUUGUUUUCUUCAUUGAAUCUCUAUUAGGAGCAGCUGAAUACACCAAAAACAAUCAAAUCAUUUCAAAAGUUAUUCUUAAUCAACAUAUUGGUGAUUAUAUUGAUUCAAUUAUCUCCAAUGGUUUAUCACAAGAGGAAAGCAUUUUCACCCAAAUUGAAUUUACGUUAAUUUAUCAGAUUUGCGUCUCUUCAUUGAAGAUUAUGAUCAAUGAACAGCAAUUGUUUUACAAUUUAUCCUUGAUUAGUCUCUACAAUUUAAAGGACAAUCAAAUGAAAGAAAAUCUUCUCAACUUGAUCAUCUUCAAUCCAACAAUAUUAGUAAAGUUAACUAAAUCUACUGAUGAUGUUUCGAUAAAUUCAAUUGAUCAAAUCAAGUCAAUUUACUUUAAUUACUCAAACUUUGAGUCAAAUUUAUAUUUUGAUCCAAUUGUCAACAAUUUUGGAAACAAAGAGAUUCAAAGUGAUGAUCAAGUUAAUCAUAUCAAUGGAACAUUACAAUUUAUUAAUUUCAUCAUGAAGACCAAUUACCAACUAUUAAUAUCAAUGAUUCCUGAACAAACAUUAUUCUGCUUGAUUGCAACAAUUUAUCUGAUUGAUGGUCGGAGAUUUGCUGAAGAUUCAAUUUCAAAUUAUCUUCGUGAUUGUCUAAUUGUUUUAGACGCUGACAAUUUAAUCAUCACUAAUCCACAGCAAGAAUUACCUCAUGUAUCAACAAUCUCUCACUUUUAUGAUUUAUUCAUGAAACAAUUUGAAUCAGAAUCAUUUGGAGAUUCAAUUUUCAUUAAUUAUCUACUGGUAUUCCUUAAAUCUGAUUCUCAUCAUGAUUUCAAGAAGAAAUUAUUUUCUGAUUACUCGAUUUCACGAUUCCUAACAAUUAACUCACCAAAUGAUCUGAUCAUCAAACUGGACAAUUUACUUUACCCUUACCUGAAUGAUUUAACAAUCGCUGAAUUAUAUUUAUCAGCUCUACUUUGUAAUCAGAUUCCAAUGGCUCAAAAAAGCUUGAUUUACUUAAUUGCUGUUCAUCAUGUUCAUCAUAUCCUAUUCAAUCAACAAGUUAAUUCAUCGUUACAAUUAACCUCAAGUGAAGACAAGAAAAGACUCCAACGUUUACAAUUAUCGAUAGCAAAAUGUAACAAUCAAAUUUUAUCAAAUCAUUUAACCAAUUUUAUGAGAAGUGAUUUAAUUAACCUUUGUGAUUGGGCCAAGUAUUGGAUUGACUCCUCAACAAUUAGUCUUCAUCAACAACAACAAUUAAAAUGAGACAUUUAUUUUAUGUUUUCUUAAUUGUUUUCAAAACAAGGUUGUAAAAAAUAAUUUAAUUUAAAUUAAGAUAUCAGAAACAAAGAGAUUAAGAAAUAAGAUUAUUACAUUGUAAAAGUUAA